GCCGGGUUUUGGGAGCCGCCGCGGGCCGAGGCGGGGACGCGGCGGCGGCGGCGGCGCGCGGGGCUGCACCCCGGGAUUGGUGGCAAGUAGGAGGCUUCGCCGCCACCGCGCCGGGCCAGGUGAAGUUGUCUUGCACCUGAGGUGGAAGCGUAUUUGAAGGUCCCGCCAGAGCCGUCGCAGCAUGUGGCCCCCAGAGCUGCCCUGAAGACCGCCCGCUGAGCCCAGCCUGACCGGAUCCUGCUGCCCCAACCCGCGCCCCGUGGGACCGCGAGCCAAGAUGCGGCUGCCGUGGGAGCUGCUGGUCCUGCAGCCCUUCAUGAUGUGCCUCGCAGACCCCCCCGUGCUCCGAGGCCCGGUGUUCCUCCGCGAGCCCAGCCCCGUCAUGUUCCCGGUGGACUCGGAGGAGAGGAAGGUGAAGCUCAGCUGCGAGGUGAAGGGGGACCCCCAGCCCCACGUCAGGUGGACGUUAAAUGGGACAGAUGUUGACACUGGCAUGGAUUUCCGCUACCGUGUCGUCGAAGGCAGCCUGUUGAUCAAUAACCCAAAUAAAACCCAGGAUGCGGGCACGUACCAGUGCAUCGCGGCCAACUCCUUCGGAACAAUCGUCAGCAGGGAGGCCAGGCUGCAGUUUGCCUAUCUCGAGAACUUCCAGACGAGAGCAAGGAGCCCCGUGUCCGUGCGGCAGGGCCAGGGGGUGGUGCUGCUCUGCGGGCCGCCGGCCCACUCCGGAGAGCUCAGCUACGCCUGGAUCUUCAACGAGUACCCCUCCCCCCAGGACGGCCGCCGCUUCGUCUCCCAGGAGACCGGGAACCUGUACAUUGCCAAGGUGGAGCGCUCGGACGUGGGCAACUACACCUGCGUGGUCACCAACACGGUGACGAACCACAAGGUCCUGGGGCCGCCCACGCCGCUCAUCCUGAGGAACGACGGUGCCAUGGGCGAGUAUGAGCCCAAGAUCGAGGUGCAGCUGCCCGAGACCGUGGCCACGGCCCGAGGGAGCAGCGCCCGGCUGGAGUGCUUCGCGCUGGGCAACCCCGUGCCGUCCAUCACGUGGAGAAGGGCGGACGGGAGACCCAUCCCCAAGAAAGCCAGGAGACACAAGUCCAACGGGCUUCUGGAGAUCCCCAACUUCCAGCAGGACGACGCAGGCGCGUACGAGUGUGUGGCUGAAAACUCCAGGGGGAAGAACAUCGCGCGGGGCCAGCUGACGUUCUACGCCCAGCCGAACUGGACGCAGAAGAUCCACGACCUGCAGGUGGCCAUGGAGGAGAGCGUGUCCUGGGAGUGCAGGGCCAGCGGCAGGCCCAGGCCCUCCUACCGCUGGCUGAAGAACGGAGAGCCGCUGCUCCCUCGGGAGAGCGUCCAGGUGGAGCAGGGCACGCUCAACAUCACCACGGUGAACCUGUCGGACGCGGGCAUGUACCAGUGCGUGGCGGAGAACAAGCACGGCGCCAUCUUCUCCAGCGCAGAGCUCAGCGUCCUGGCUGCAGGUCCGGAUUUUUCAAGAACCCUCUUAAAAAGGGUCACUCUGGUCAAAGUGGGCGGAGAGGUGGUCAUCGAGUGCAAGCCCAAGGCCUCUCCCAAGCCCGUCUACACCUGGCGGAAAGGAAGGGACAGGCUGAGAGAAAGUGCAAGAGUGACCCUUUCUGAAGACGGGAGCCUCAGGAUCAGGAACGUGACCAAGGCGGACGCCGGCAGCUACACCUGUGUCGCCACCAACCAGUUCGGCAGUGCCAGCAGUACUGGGAACUUGGUGGUCAAAGACCCGACGCGGGUGAUGGUUCCGCCAUCCAGCAUGGACGUGACCGUGGGCGAGAGCAUCGUUCUGCCCUGCCAGGUCACCCACGACCACUCGCUGGACAUCGUGUUCACUUGGUCCUUCAACGGCCACCCGAUCGACUUCGACAGAGACGGGGACCACUUUGAGAGGGUCGGGGGGCAGGACUCCGCCGGCGACCUGAUGAUCCGCAACAUCCAGCUGAAGCACGCGGGGAGGUACGUGUGCACCGUGCAGACCAGCGUGGACCAGCUCUCCGCCACCGCGGCCCUCAUCGUCAGAGGCCCCCCGGGCCCCCCAGAGGCCGUGACCAUCGACGAGAUCACAGACACCACGGCCCAGCUGUCGUGGAGAGCCGGGCCCGACAACCACAGCCCCGUCACCCUGUACGUGAUCCAGGCCAGGACGCCCUUCUCCGUGGGCUGGCAGGCCGCCAGCACAGUCCCGGAGCUCAUCGACGGCAAGACCUUCACCGCGACCGUGGUGGGCCUGAACCCCUGGGUGGAGUACGAGUUCCGCGCCGUGGCCGCCAACGCCAUCGGCAUCGGGGAGCCCAGCCAGCCCUCGGAGAGGCGCAGGACAGAGGAGGCCCUCCCUGAGGUCACCCCCGCCAACGUCAGCGGAGGCGGCGGCAGCAGGUCGGAGCUGGUGAUCACGUGGGAGACGGUGCCCGAGGAGCUGCAGAACGGCCGCGGCUUCGGCUACGUGGUGGCCUUCCGGCCGUCCGGCAAGGCCGUGUGGAUGCUGACCGUGCUGGCCUCGGCCGACGCCUCCAGAUACGUGUUCCGGAACGAGAGCGUGCGGCCCUUCUCCCCGUUCGAGGUCAAGGUGGGCGUCUUCAACAACAAGGGCGAAGGCCCCUUCAGCCCCGCCACCGUCGUCUACUCGGCCGAGGAAGAGCCCACCAGGCCGCCGGCCAGCAUCUUCGCCAGGAGCCUGUCGGCCACAGACAUCGAGGUCUUCUGGGCUUCCCCUCUGGACAAGAACCGGGGCCGGAUCCUCGGCUACGAGGUUAAAUACUGGAGACACGAUGACAAGGAAGAAAACGCGAGGAAAAUCCGAACCGUUGGCAACCAAACAUCGACCAAAAUCAGCAACUUGAAAGGCAGCGCCCUCUACCACCUCGCCGUCAAGGCCUACAACUCCGCGGGGACGGGCCCGUCCAGUGCCACCGUCAACGUCACCACCCGAAAGCCACCCCCCAGCCAGCCCCCCGGAAACAUCAUAUGGAACUCAUCGGACUCCAAAAUCGUGCUCAACUGGGACCAAGUGAAGGCCCAGGACAACGAGUCCGAGGUCAAAGGGUACAAGGUCCUGUACCGGUGGAACAGACAGAGCAGCACGUCGGUCAUCGAGACCAACCAGACGUCGGUGGAGCUGUCGCUGCCGCUGGAGGAGGAUUACAUCGUGGAGAUCCGGCCGCUGAGCGACGGCGGCGAGGGCAGCAGCAGCGAGCAGAUCCGCAUCCCCAAGAUCUCCAACGCCUACGCGCGAGGAGCCGGCCCGUCCACCUCGAGCGCCUGCACGCUGUCGGCCAUCAGCACCAUCAUGAUCUCCCUCACAGCCAGGUCCAGCUUAUGACAAAAGCCUCCCGCGGGACUCUCUGGGCCAGGCGACACUUAGCUAGCGGUUCUGAAGACUCCCAGUACUAAGUAAUAUUGUCGUUCGAGUACAUCUUAUUACUGGAAAAAAAAAAAAUGUUGUUUGCUUCUUUAGGAAUGGCGUAUCCAGUACUUCCUCAAAGCAGGUCUAGCCUGUCUAGAGCUUCUUUGGAAACUCUGCAAUGCACUGAAGGCAUCUGUAAUACGAUGUUACCAAAGCAGUUUACAUAUGUCCUUAUAUGCAUAUUUUUAUUAUAGAUUUAGUGUUUUAUAGAAUUUUUUAAAGUUAACAUAAAAUGUAGAUAUUAAUUUUUUCCUCUGCUGUACAAAUGCUACUCCGGACGGCAUAAUCAUACCGUUAUUAUUUGAAACUCUUCCCCUCAAAGGCAGAGUCGGGGGGUCCACCUUAGGAACGCGUGCACGGUGGCACCUGGCGCUCAGGGUCGGGGCAGACGGAAGGCAGGACGCGGCCCGGUGCAGCUUGGGGCACGCGCCUCCGUGGCCACGCCGACCUCCAAGAGCUACCUUGUGCAAAGCCCCUCGUGACACGCCCCCGGCCGGGCCCCCUGCCCUCCGAGACUAGCGCUCUUGACGCUGGGCGUGUCCACGCCCGCAGCCCACCAGGCUCGAGGUCGAGCGCGAAUCCGACUGCCUCGAGGUGUCUGUUCUGAAUGUACAUUUUACACAAAGAGUGAUUCUCUGUUGAUGGACUCAUGAUUCCCUGACGAAACUUGUUAUAUAUUCAACGUGAGUACGGCGAGUAAUAGAGCCCUCCUUUUGAACUAACACCGGGCGGGUUUCUCCUAGCCCGACAGAUAGUUGCAGCUAAGGAUCUUUUUCAUGACUAGAAACGUCCGUUAGCGCUAUUGUCUGGUGUCCCGGCCGUCGGGCCAUUUUUGCAGUAGGUAGCCUAGUUCCUUUAUAAGCCGAACCUUCUACGUCUUAAAAAUCACACAUUGGAAAAUGACAAUAUCAACAAGCCCGUAUUCUUAGGGACAGACUCUUUGUUACAAGGGGGAGGUUUUGUAAGCCGACACUGCGGAUUGGUGCAUAUCAAAGCAAUGACGUUUUCUAUAAAAAAAAUUUUCACUUGUGAACAUGCUGCCACCUUUUCUUCUUUCUCAGAGAGCUCAGAUUUGCCUGUAAUUUGUCAUUUUUGCUUACAAAUAAUGUAAGUUCUAUUUAUCCAAUAAAGUCAUAACAAGGAUUCCACUUGUGUAAAAAUCUAGGGUGGUAACCGGGGGGGAAUGUCAGUAUUUCCAGCUGUGUUCCUUUCUUAGUUUGAUAUGGUUACUUCUAUGUUGAAAUAAAAUUUAAAACCACAUACAUAUGAAAAAAAAUCAGAAAAAUAAUAAAAUGAAUAAAAAAAAACUGACCCGGGCUAGCCCUCUCCCGUGUAAAUGGUAUUUGCCGGUGAUCUAGCAAAUGUAAUCCUUUUUUAAGGUACUGUUAAUAAAUACUCUGUCAUUUGUAAA